AUGGAUGAUGAGUUUAAUAAAACUGAAUUACAAUUUUCUACUGAGAAUAACAAAAGUAAUCAUCAACUCACUACAGAUAUAACUCCAUUCUCCAUAUCGAUUAAUGAUCCAUCGGCUGGAUUAAAUGCCACGAACAUACCAUCGACAUCCUCUUCAUCAUCCUCCUCCUCUUCCAUACCACCGCCGUCAUCGUCAUGUUCCACAACAACCACACCAACAACUCUGACAACAAGUAGUCGAAUAAAAAAUCAAUACACAGUGAAUAACAGUAAUAAUACUAAUACUUCACGUAAUCGACGACAAGAUUGGUGUAAAUGGCCAAUUUGUCUACAAUAUCGUACAACAGGUUAUUGUAUCGGAUAUAAUAAUGCUAAUGGUAUCUUACCAGAAUCAUCACAAUUAUGUCAAGCUGCACAUAUUGGUCCAAAUGAUCAAGUCCCACUGUCAUCCGAUGGUCAAGUUCGAGUUUGUUUUGAUUCAAUGGGAUUAGUGAAUCUUACUUGUAAUCGAUCCGACUGCUAUUUUUAUCAUCCACCAAAACUAAUCAGAGAUAAAAUUGUCGCUAAACGACAUGCACAAUAUCUUCGUGAGAAAGUAAUACGUGAUGCAUCAAAAUCACGUAAAUCUAUUGGUGGUUUAUUAACUACCAUUGAAGAAAAUAGAAAUUUCGAGAAAAUUCCAAAUCAUCCUCCAUUAAAACUGCCUCAACCAUACAUUGGAACAUUGAACAAAGAUAAUAAUUUACAAAGUCUCUUGCCUGAUUGUUAUGUGGAUUCAAUGCAAUUAACAAAUCCAGUCGUUUGUCAUCCACAGCAACAACAACAACCACAACACUUGAAUCCACCUACAUCAUCAACAUCCUCAUUACAACAACAGCGGCAACAGCAAGAAUUAUCACAAACCAUCAUUAAUCAUCCAUCUCAUUCUUGUCUCAUUCCAAAUCCAAUCACAUCAAAUUUAUCAAAUAUUCUAGUGAAUAAUCUAUUGUAUCCUAUUCAACCGCCGAAUUUGAAUCCGUCCAAUUUGUUUUUAUCAACUCCGUCUUGUUCAAUAUUCAAUAAUAAUCCAAUAAAAUCGCCACAUUUUUAUUCAGAUCAAAAUUUAUUCCCUAAUACAUUGAAUCAAAUGGAUUAUGAGAAAUUAUAUCAAUUAAUCUUAUUGAAUUGUACAUCAUUGCCACAACCGAUUUAUUCAUCAAAUUUAACAACACCAUGGUCUAAAUUAUUAGAUACACUAAUCAUUCAAAAUCCAUCAUUAUUCUUAACAAAUCUACCACAUCCUACUACAACAACCAUACCAGUUAAUUCAAAUGUCAAUUAUUUAACACCACAUUGUAUUGAACAAAUUCUACCAUUGAAUUAUCUAAUGAAUGUGUCUUAUCCGCUAACAAUCAAUAAUACCAUACAAACAACUGCAAUGCCAUUCAAUCAAAACACUGAAUUAUUACUUCAACAUACAGGAUUAUUGAAUAAUACUAUGGAGAAUCAAUCAAUCAAUUUGCCUUCUUCUAUGCAUAGUCAAUCUUCAACAAUCUCAUCGUCAACCUCAUCUUGUUCAGCGGCAGCAGCAGUGGCCGCCGCAACAAUGUUAUCUAAUAAUAAUAAUACACCAAUUAAUCCGGAAAUUCUCUUACGAAACUCUCAGCAAUUUUUAUUACCAACUGAAACGAUGAAUUUAAGCAUAAAUACCACAGUACAGUCGGUUGAUCUGUCAACUAUGUCAACAGGAUCAUCAGCCAUAUUGUCAACAACAACAACCACGACGACAACCCCGACGACAACCACAGCGACAACGGAUAAAAUGAUCAUUUCAUAAUUUUAAUUUAAACAACAACAUUGGAACAUUGAUCCACAUUGUUUUACAAUGUUUUUUUAUGAAAGACACAUUACCUGUCUGUGUACUCACUUGUUUUCUUACAAACAAGCAAAGAAUCUGAACAA